AAUUUAAUGCGUAACUGAAGAAACAACAGAACAAAACACCUUAAUGCGAUUCAUUUUCCGCAUCGUCGUUUAAAUGCUUCAUCAUUCUUAAUUUUCCCCCAAAUUCAAUUUCUAGGGUUCUUUCCAUAUUCCUAGAAAUCACGCUUCCAUUACAAUUACAAUACAAUUCCUCCAAAAUGUUCAACAAGAUCAUAAAACGCGCUAACAAGAAAUCUGGAAAAUUAAUACUCCCUGAAGAUCCAACAAACAAUGCUCAACAAUUCUACGAAGUAGUUGUUAAACACGCAUCACGAAGUUCCACAUUCAAUUCUGAACCACCAAACCUACCUCCAAUUGCUCCUUCACCACCGCAUCAAACGGUAAUCGAAUCACUUCCUCCACUCAAAGAAGUUCCGGUUUCUGAACGUUCAUCACUUUUCAUCAGAAAAAUUCAACUCUGUUGUUUAAUCUGUGAUUUCUCAGAUACACUCAAGUUCAUUGUUGAAAAAGAAAUCAAACGUCAAACACUUUACGAACUAGUUGAUAUUAUUCAAAAUUCUUCGUUUCAAUUUACCGAUUUUCAAGAAGAUUUGAUCGCAAUGGUUUCUAUUAACAUUUUCCGUUGUUUACCACCUGCAUCACAUGAAAACUCAGGUUCCGAAACCGUUGAUCUGGAAGAAGAUGAUACGUAUAUGGAUCCAUCUUGGUCUCAUUUACAGCUUGUAUAUGAAAUUCUAUUGAGGUACAUUAUUUCGCCGGAGACAGAUAUUAAAAUCUCUAAGCGUUAUGUAGACCAUGUGUUUGUUUUAAAGCUUCUAGACUUGUUUGAUUCGGAGGAUCAACGCGAGCGUGAGUAUUUGAAGACGAUUCUUCAUCGGAUUUAUGGGAAGUUUAUGGUUCAUAGACCUUUUAUAAGAAAAGCUAUUAACAAUAUAUUCUAUCGUUUUAUAUUUGAAACGCAGAGGCAUAAUGGUAUUUGUGAAUUGCUUGAGAUUAUGGCUAGUAUUAUAAAUGGUUUUGCAUUGCCUAUGAAAGAGGAGCAUAAACUUUUUUUGAUUAGGGCUCUUAUACCACUUCAUAAACCUAAAUGUGUUUCGGCGUAUCAUCAGAAUUUGUCUUAUUGUGUUGUUCAGUUUGUUGAGAAAGAUGGAAGGUUAGCUGAUCCUGUGAUAAAGGGGUUGUUGAAGUAUUGGCCUGUUACGAAUUGUCAAAAGGAAGUUCUUUUUCUUGGUGAAUUAGAAGAGGUUCUUGAGUCAACUCAACCUCCUGAGUUUGUAAGAUGCAUGGUUUCUCUUUUCAGACAGAUUGGUCGGUGUCUUAACAGCCCUCACUUUCAGGUUGCUGAACGAGCACUCUAUUUGUGGAACAAUGAGCACAUUAUAAGCUUGGUCGCUCAAAAUCGGAAUGUUAUAUUGCCAAUAGUCUUUGAUGCUUUGGAAAAUAACAUGAAAAGUCAUUGGAACCGAGCAGUCCAUGGACUAACAGCCAAUGUGAGGAAGAUGUUUCUGGAGAUGGAUCCUGAACUGUUUGAAGAGUGUCAACAAAAGUACUUGGAGAAGGAAGCCAGGGCUGCAGAACUAGAAGAGAAGCGGGAGUUAACUUGGAAGCAAUUGGAAGCAGUGGCUGCACAGGCUGUUGUGACGGAUGAGAUGGUUUUGGUUAACUGAUGUGUUGGGCUGCAACUCUUUUUUCCACAUUGGUGAUUUAGCUGAAAUUUCAUUCCACUGCUGGAUUACUGCAAAAGUGAGUUGUAAAGGAAAAAAUCAUAAUUUUAUUUUAGUUACAGGUGUGAUGAACAAGAGGAGCAAAUCAAUGAGCUCGCGAAUCAUGUUUUUUGCUGAGCGAGGAAUAUAGAGGUGGCAUUCGGCAUAUAGAUAAAAUAGAACAGAACUAGAUUUUUUUUUUUUUUUUUUCUUUUUGGUUCCAUCGUUUUUAGUGGAACCACAAAAGUUACUACAUUUUUUAAUUUAUAUUCUGCUUUGUUAUACUUUCAGUAUGCAUAAAAUAUAGAACAGAACUCAUGUUCUAUUCUAAUACGUCUGACUAUCAAAGGCUACAUAGUGUUUGUCUUUGAUAUAUUCCUCCUUGUUUUUUGUUUCAUUCUUAUAUCCUCGAGUACUUAGGUUAUUUAAUUGUAAAUAUAACCUUCUAUUUUCCUUAGAUAAAGUUGUC